AUGAAACGCAAUGAGUCGUCCAGGAGCGUCACAAGGCUAUCUCAGCGCAGGAACGAGCAGCGGCCGGCGCUGACGCUCAGCUUCCGUCAGAACUCGCUUACUAUCAGCUCGCUCGCUCAGCAGUCCGCUUAUAUCACUGAAAAAGCCCUUAAAGAGGAAGGUUCGGACCCAAAUCAGCAAGCAACCGCGGUUUCAUACUUCAGGCUAUUCAGAUUCGCAAAACCAUGGGAGUUCUUUCUUCUGUUCGCGGGGGUGAUAUUCGCAUCCCUAAACGGGCUCUUCGUGCCUGUGGGAGUCAUCAUCUACGGAGAAUUCACUUCACUACUAAUAGACCGGACUGUGAUGAAUGGCACAUCGACUCCUACACUGACUAUUGCUUGGUUUGGCGGAGGAAGGAUUUUAACAAAUGCAAGUAGAGAAGAGAACCGCCAAGCUUUGAUCGAAGACUCGCAAGCGUUCGGUAUCGGCUGCACGGUGUUCUCCGUGCUGCAGUUCCUAGUGGCUGUCAUCAGUGUCGAUCUGUUCAAUUAUACAGCUCUAAAACAGAUAGAGAGAGUAAAAGAAAAGUUCCUACAAGCCGUACUGCGCCAAGAUAUUACGUGGUAUGAUCUUAAUACAUCGAUGAAUUUUGCGACUAAAGUAUCAGAUGACGUAGAAAAAUACAGAGAGGGUAUCGGCGAAAAGGUGCCGAUGUUAAUCUACUUGGUGAUGUCGUUCGUGACGUCCGUCAUCAUCUCGUUCGCGUACGGCUGGGAGCUCACGCUCGUCAUCCUCUCCUGCGCACCCAUCAUUAUUGCGACCACUGCUAUUGUUGCUAAGGUGCAAUCAUCACUGACGUCGCAGGAAUUAAAAGCUUACAGCGUGGCCGGCGUCAUCGCGGAGGAAGUGCUCGCCUCCAUUCGAACGGUUGUCGCUUUCGGCGGGGAACAAAAAGAAACAGAUCGGUACCAAAGUCGGCUAGACCCGGCAAAGAAGAUGGGUAUAAAGAAGGGCAUAUACUCCGGCAUCGGCAGCGGGUUCAUGUGGCUCAUCAUAUACGCGACGUACGCGCUCGCCUUCUGGUACGGCGUCGGCCUCAUACUGGACAGCCGAUACGAGCCCGAGCCGGUGUACACGCCCGCCGUGUUGAUGAUUGUGUUCUUCAGCGUGCUCCAGGGCGCGCAGAACAUGGGGCUGACGGCGCCGCACCUGGAGGCCGUGGCGUGCGCGCGCGCCUCCGCCGGCGCCAUAUUCGCGGUGCUCGACCGCAAGCCUGUCAUAGACUCGCUUUCGCUCGAAGGCAGCAAGCCCGUGCUGGAGGGGGACUUGGAACUUAAAGACGUUUAUUUUAGGUACCCGGCUCGACCUGAUGUGCAGGUGCUAAACGGUCUCAGUCUGAAAAUAAACUGUAACGAGACAGUGGCGCUGGUUGGGUCGAGCGGCAGCGGCAAGUCGACGGUGCUGCAGCUGCUGCAGCGCAUGUACGACCCGGCGCUGGGCGCCGUGCGCGCCUCCGGCCACGACCUGCGCGACCUCAACGUGCGCCACCUGCGCGCGCACGUCGCCGUCGUGGGGCAGGAGCCCGUGCUGUUCGCGGGCACCAUCCGCGAGAAUAUACGUAUGAGCAAUCCAUCGUGCACUGAUGAAGAAAUAAUAAUGGCGUCGAAACAGGCUCACUGUCACGGUUUCAUUAAACAUCUGCCUAAUGGCUACGACACGAUGAUAGGCGAGCGCGGCGCGCAGCUGUCGGGCGGACAGAAGCAGCGCAUCGCGAUCGCGCGCGCGCUCGUGCGCAAGCCCAAGAUACUGCUGCUGGACGAGGCCACCUCCGCGCUGGACUCGCACAGCGAGGCCAAGGUGCAGCGCGCGCUCGACGCCGCCGCCGCCGGCCGCACCACCGUCAUGGUCAGCCACCGGCUAUCAACUGUGCUGAAUGCAGAUAGAAUUGUAUUCAUUGACAAAGGCGAAGUCGUAGAAGAAGGUACCCAUGAAGAGCUUUUGAAACUGCGAGGGCGCUACUACCAAUUGGUGCUGGAGAACGAACCGAGUAUAGCGCCAAGUGAAAACACCGGGAACACAGACAGACCUAACUCUGAUCCAACCACAGAUAUGAUACGAAGACCGAAGUUACAAAAAUUGGUUUCACUGGAUUCUAUGAAAAGCGAAUCUCUUGAUGAGGACUCCGGGUCUGAAGAUAGUGUUGUUUUGGAAGAGAAAGAAGAAAAAGAGUUCGAACCUACGACGUGGCAGAUUUUGAAGUUAUGUGAGCCUGAGAAGUACUUGAUGGCGAUAGGAAUUAUAGCAGCUAUUGCGGUCGGCUCUUCUUUCCCAUGCUUUGCUAUACUUUUCGGGGAGACUUAUGGUUUAUUGGAAAGUAAGGAUGAAGAUUACGUCCGUAGCGGCACCAACAUAAUAGCGGUACUGUUCUUAUUGGUAGGAGUGUACACCGGUGUAGGCAUAUUCUUCCAGAUAUUUAUAUUUAAUCUAACAGGCGUCAGGUUAACGGCGAGAUUGCGAGUGGCGGCAUUCCGGACCAUGCUGCAACAAGAAAUGGGUUGGUUCGACAACCCUUUGAACGGCGUCGGCGCGCUCUGCUCGCGCCUCGCGGCCGACGCCGCCGCCGUGCAGGGGGCAACGGGUACCCGUAUCGGGGCUCUGAUGCAGGCGUCGGCCACCAUCCUGAUAGGCAUCAUAGUGUCGAUGUACUACACGUGGCGCAUGACGCUGGUGUCGCUGGUGUCGGUGCCGAUGGUGAUCGCGGCCGUGGUGCUGGAGGGCCGCGUGCUGGCGGAGGGCAUCGCCGCCAUCCGCGAGGCCUCCAACCGGGCCACCACCAUCGCGACGGAGGCUAUCACUAAUAUUAGAACGGUUUCUGCUUUUUGUGGGGAAGAGGGCGCGCUGGCGCGCUACCAGCAGGCGGGCGUGGGCGCGCGCGUGGCGGCGCGCAGCAGCCUGCGCUGGCGCGGCGCCGUGUUCGCCUUCGGGCAGACGGCGCCCGUGGCGGGCUACGCGCUGUCGCUGUGGUACGGCGGCGUGCUCGUCGCCGACAGGGAGGUGCAGUACAAGGACGUCAUCAAGGUAUCCGAGGCGCUGAUAUUCGGUGCGUGGAUGAUGGGGCAGGCGCUGGCGUUCGCGCCCAACUUCGGCGCGGCCGUGCUCGCCGCCGGCCGCGUCAUGACGCUGCUGGAGCGCCGCCCGCUCGUCGAGAGCACGCACGCGCCUUCCGUGGCUGAGAACUAUAUAGCCCAAGGCAAGAUCCAAUACAAGAACAUAAAGUUCCGGUACCCGACGCGGCGCGAGGUGCAGGUGUUGCGCGGGCUGUCGCUGCAGGUGCCGCGCGGCGCGCGCGUGGCGCUCGUGGGGCCCAGCGGCUGCGGCAAGUCCACGCUCAUACAGCUGCUGCAGCGCCUCUACGACCCGGACGACGGGAAUGUGUACCUGGACGAGUACAGCAUCACGGCGGACAUGCGGCUGCCGACGCUGCGCCGCAACCUCGGCAUCGUGUCGCAGGAGCCCGUCCUGUUCGACCGCACGGUGGCCGACAACAUCGCGUACGGCGACAACACGCGCCUCGUGCCCAUCGAGGAGAUCGUCGCCGCCGCGAAGGCGGCCAACGUGCACUCCUUCAUUGCGGCCUUGCCCGAUGGCUACAACACGCGCAUCGGCGCGCGCGCGUCGCAGCUGUCGGGCGGGCAGAAGCAGCGCGUGGCCAUCGCGCGCGCGCUCGUGCGCAACCCGCGCGUGCUGCUGCUGGACGAGGCCACCUCCGCGCUCGAUACGCACAGCGAGCGGGUAGUACAAGAGGCGCUGGACCGCGCGAGCGAGGGCCGCACGUGCCUCAUCAUAGCGCACCGCCUCGCCACGAUACAGACGGCGGACGUGAUCUGCGUCAUCGACCAGGGCGCCGUCGCGGAGAUGGGCACGCACCAGGAGCUCAUAGCGCUCAAGAAGAUCUACGCGCGCCUCUACGAGCUGCAGUGCGGCUUCGUGGAGGAAACCGAGGAAAAUCUACGCGAGGAGCAAAACUCU